CUGUUCAGAGUCACGUGAGCUGUGACGUGCGCGCGAAGCGGAAGUGAAUGCGGCAGUGUGAUGGGGAAGAAUCACACAUGACAGAGUUAUUAAUUAUCAGAGUUUAAUGAAAUGAUCAGAUGAUCGGGUUUAAUCGCUGUCAGGAUGCCGCUGUUGACUCAGAAUCAGCGAAUAGAGCGCGUGAACUCAACCGCGGAGCUCUUCAGCAAAAACCCGCACAUGAAGGAAAGUGCGAAGCAGUUUGUGUCCAGAAGUGCAGAAGCUGUGGACACUAAACAGCUCCUGUACGUCCAGCAGCGGGAGUUUGCAGCGACCACACCAGCGGACAAUUCGGUCUCUAUCCUGGGAUCCGAUGACGCUACAACAUGCCAUUUAGUCGUGCUUCGACACACAGGCAGCGGAGCGACGUGUCUGGCACACUGUGAUGGGUCCAGCACAUGGACUGAAGUUCCUCUGAUAGUCAAUGCCGUCACUUCUAGAAGCAGCCCAGCGAAAGAGGGCAGACUGGAGCUGCAUCUGGUUGGUGGUUUUGAUGAUGACAGAAGGACCUCGCACACACUCAGCCUUAGUAUUCUGGCUGCCUUUCAAAAGCAGAAGGAAGAGAUUCAUCUGGAGACGUGCUGCAUCACGGACAUGAAUGACGUCAUCAAAGAUGGGAUUCAUCGGCCUGUGGUGUAUGGGAUAGGUGUGAACGUUAAAACGGGUCACGUGUUUCCAGCCUCGUUCACAUGUCGAGGACCAGCGGAGGAGCUCCGAUCCGCACGCACCUUCUCUGGUGGACAGAUGGUUGAAGUGUAUGACUCUAGCAGAGAGCUUGUGAAAAUCGACCCAUGCAGAUGGACACCAAACAACGACAUGGCCUUCUGGCUGUCCCAAGACGAUGAAACCAUCCUACAGUCAGAUCUGCAGGAUGAAGUGGCUCUUCUCACUGAUUUCUCGUCUGGUUUGUCCGUCAGUAUUUGUCCACGUCUCCACAUGCAGAACCUCCUCACUUUGUCCAUCACAUCAAAUCCACCAUCCAGUUUCUGCUGGAUCAUCCGACCGCAGACGGGCUGUUUCCAGGCGGUCAGCCGCAUCUGUACCACCGCGCUGAGGACGGCCGCUGGAAGAGAGCCUAAACUCUGACCUCUGACCUUUGAGAUCCACUGUAACCCAACUAAAGGCCUUUGACGUCUGAUGUUUAAAGUAGAAGCUCCUUCACACUGAUCUGAACUGAAACACGCUGAUUGAAGCUCAGAUUGAGUGACUUCUGCUCCGAGUGAAAUAUCUGAUGAUGGUUUUACUAACCGCACCUGCCGGCCCUUACAUAGAAACAAGAGCCUAUGGAUUAUUUCUUUUCAUUUUUAUUUCAUAUUUGUUAUGUAUGUCAAUGCAAAUGUGUACAUGCUUCAUAAAAUGUGUUCUUUAUUUUACACCUAACAGGAUAUGAUGUUUUUUUCCCCUAACAUCUAGCUGCAUCUUAUUUGCUCACUAAACAUUAAUUUUGGAAACUGUAAAUACAGUAUGUUGUGAUCCUUUGACGAUGAAUAAGAGAAUUAAAAUUCUGUUGCCAGUGGAAACAUGGUGUCUUGUAUAA